AUGCUCAUGGCGCCAACGUUCUUGCCCCAUUCCUUGCAGACAUUUUCCAGAGGCUUGGGCUCCACGCUACUACCUCAGCCCCUCAAGGUCUGGUAGAUUACAUGAUCUCUCAGUGGAUAAACAGCACCACAUUUCCUCCCAGUUCUCGGAGCAUUUACGGACUGCCA